CUGCGCUAGGGAUCCUGGUUCACCUUUGCAAUAGAGACAGACACAGGAAUCCCGAACGCUCUCCCCUGCCCCCAGACACCCGCCCACAGACUUCUGCGCUCCAGAUCAGUGCCACACGGGGCAGCCUGGCAGCAGGUCCCCGCUGAAGGCGAUGCUUAUAGGGAUCCUAGCUGCCGCGCUGGGAAGGAGGGAGUAGUACCCAGCAAGAAAGCGAGGAGGCUGCUGGUUAGAGCCUCCAGUGACUAACUGUGCUGCGGGAGGACGGGAGGACGCCGCCUUUACUCCACUGGACACCUGCUGCAGAAGCCUCGCCACCAUGAUCCGCAUAGUCUCGCUGCUGCUGGGAGUUGCGCUGCUCUGUGGCCACGGAGCCUUUGCCCGACGGGUGGUCAGCGGUCAAAAGGUGUGUUUCGCUGAUGUGAAACAUCCCUGCUACAAAAUGGCCUACUUCCAUGAACUGUCUAGCCGAGUGAGCUUCCAGGAAGCACGCCUGGCUUGUGAAAGUGAAGGAGGUGUCCUCCUCAGUCUUGAGAACGAGGCUGAACAGAAGUUAAUAGAGAGCAUGUUGCAGAACCUGACGAAACCUGGAACUGGGAUUUCAGAUGGUGACUUCUGGAUCGGACUUUUGAGAAGUGGAGAUGGCCAAAAUUCUGGUGCCUGCCCAGAUCUCUAUCAGUGGUCUGAUGGAAGCAGCUCCCAAUUCAGGAACUGGUACACUGAUGAACCUUCAUGUGGAAGCGAAAAGUGUGUUGUCAUGUACCAUCAGCCAACGGCCAAUCCUGGUCUCGGAGGUCCCUACCUUUACCAGUGGAAUGACGACAGGUGCAACAUGAAGCACAAUUACAUCUGCAAGUACGAACCUGAGAUUCAGCCAACAGACCCUGUUGAAAAGCCGAAUCUUACUAAUCAACCUGAAGACAAGCAUGAGAAUGUGGUUGUUACUGAAGCAGGCAUAAUUCCCAAUCUAAUUUAUGUUAUCAUACCAACAAUUCCUCUGCUUUUACUGAUCCUUGUUGCUUUCGGAACCUGCUGUUUCCAGAUGUUGCAUAAAAGUAAAGGAAGAACAAAAACUAGCCCGAACCAGUCUACACUGUGGAUUUCCAAGAGCACGAGAAAGGAAAGUGGCAUGGAAGUCUAAUAACUGACUUUGCUCCAGAAAACAAAGAUAGUUUUGUAAUUCCCGGUCAGUGUAAGGAAUGGCAUCAUUAGCUUGGAAUGGCUUGAAAUCUCAAAGGAUCUACAAGAUGAACUGUAAGCUCCCCCUUGAGGCUAAUGUCAAAAUAAUUUUUAUAUGUUCAUAGUUUAACUUACAAAAUAUGCUGUGUUUAUCAUGGAGUGAGACCUGCUUACUCAGCUAAAAAAUGCACCCAAACAUGUAAUUGAAAUGGAUCAUACAGUUAAAACUUCAGUGGACACAUCUGGAAUUCCUGGGUUGGAAGUAGUUCCUUUUGCUUUUCAUCACCUUCAUCAUUUUGAUCUACUUCAUGUAAUAUUAAUUGUAUUCAAAUUUACAGUGUGCAAAAAAUUUUACCUUUGCAAAAGUGUUUGAUAAAAAUGGAUUGUUCUAAUAUUUAUUUUUAUGGCAUUUCAUUUUUACAUACAUGCUGUUUUGAUUAAAUACUGAAUUUACACAGACAUGAAAAACUAUUUCCAUAGGGAAAACUUUUUUUUCAGAAAUAGUUAAUGUUCUUUCCAUUUUCCUCCUUUUGUUUGCAUAAGGUUUAGGAAAUAUCUUCAGAAAUAAGAAGCUGUUUCAUUGGCUGUGCUAUAAAUCUCCUGAAACACUUUACUUAGAGGCAAGAACUGUCUAACAUCAAUUGUGCAAGACACGUGCCUUACAAUUAUUCUUAAUUUAAAAUUAAACUGAUUUUUGUAAUAAAAAUAUCUUUACUAAUAGUUGUAUAGACACCAAUGUAGUUUAUCUUGAAAAAAAAUGUGUCCACAGUACCAAUCACAGUUCUUCACACGUUGCCUAUAGAAUUGCAAGUUGUUCUCUGAGUGUCUGGAAUCAAUGUGUGGUUCUUCCCUGUGCACCGAACAGGAUGGCUGUUUGAGGGUUGGAUUGACCCUGGAGUCAGACAGCUGCACCUCGGCUAAGAUUUUCCUAACUGAAUUUAGCUUGUGUUGAUAUAUAGGGUUGAAUGGUUUUCAGCUGUGUGAUGCUAGGCAGAGCACACUGAUAUUACAGAUCAAGAACAAAACAAAAACUACAAAUCACACUAAUUAAUGGGCCAUGGGCUAGAGGUCAUUGAUGUUUGGAUAUCUUUGAAGAGGGUUUGUUUAUGACUGUGCACCGUGGCUUUCUUCUGUCUGAUAGAGUUUCUUCAACACGUAGCAUUUGUUCUUCUCAAGAGAGAGUUGUAACUAUUUUGUCUUCGAAUGUCCCUGUGUUACUUUUAACCAAAUAAAAAGUUCUUAUUUCCGA